CAGAGGAGAAAUCCUGCUUCCCCCCCCCCCUCCUCCUCCUCCUCCUCCUCCGUUCUCAGAUGUGAAACACCUCUGCAUGACUGUCCACCGCUUCCCUGUCACCGCGUGAAGACACGCCGCAUAUGUGCUCCAAUGUCUCCGGAACAUAGACUCGCUGCAAGACCAGAAGUUUACACCUUGGUCUCCAUCUCGAAAGUUCAAUGAAGGCAGACGCCUCCCUCCGGCCAGGAACAUGAAGGGCUUAUCGGGCAGCCGUUCCCAGCACCAGAUCCCUUUACCCCAUGGCUUGGACUAUGACCCCCACGUCCAUGACCUCCAUGCUCACCAUGGCUCUGACUCCCGCCACACGUCAUACCUGCUCAGCCCAACAGAGAGCUGCCCUAUGGACUUCCACCACCGCUACUCACCGCGCAGUUCCAUCCACUCUGACUGCAUGAUUAUGUCCCCGGUCAUGAUGCCCCCAGCUGCUGUGUCUGACCACAUCUCCAGCAGCACCUUCCCCAGAAUGCACUACAGCUCACAAUAUUAUGACUCAGCCACAAGGGAUGACUGCGCUGCCAUCACAGCCUCUGCCACCUCCCCAGCUGUCGCUGCCGCUGCAGCAGCUGCCGCUGCUGCAGCUCACCACGCCGGCAACAAGAGCAACCGCCUUCCUGCUAACCUUCUAGACCAGUUUGAGAAACAACUGCCACUACACCGCGAUGGCUUCCACACAUUACAGUACCAGCGCACCUCCACCACUACUGAGCAACGAAGCGAGAGUCCUGGCCGCAUCAGACACCUUGUUCAUUCUGUCCAGAAGCUCUUCACCAAGUCUCACUCCCUCGAGGGAUCAUCCAAGAUGAAUGGCACAAAAGGUGAUAUGGUAGGAGGAGGAACAGGGGGUUAUCACCAUCAUGGCCACCACUCCACCAAACAUGGUAGCAAGAGGAGCAAGAGCAAAGAACGGAAGCACCGCUCUGGUGGCUGGUGGAGCUCCGACGACAAUCUGGAUAGUGACAGCACCUACCGCACGCCCAGUGUCAUGUCGCGGCACCACGGGGAACAUGUCAGCCACUGUUACCCAGAUUCCAUGCACAGCCACCACUAUGGAGACCUGUCUCUCAAGACCUCUAAGAGUAACAAUGAUGUCAAGUGCUCGGCCUGCGAGAGCAUGGCCAUGGCGCCUGAGGGGAAAUUCAUGAAAAGGAGCUCCUGGUCAACACUGACAGUCAGCCAGGCAAAGGAGGCCUACAGGAAGUCAUCGCUUAAUCUGGAGAAACCCAUAAUGCAUAUGGACCUCAAGCCUUCAUCAAGGACAUGUCAUUACCUGCAGGUGCCCCAGGAUGAAUGGAGUGGAUACCCAGGCGACAAAGAUGAGGAGAUUCCGUGUCGACGGAUGCGCAGCAGUAGCUAUGUCAAAGCUAUGGGAGAGGUGGAUGACGAAAGUGGCGACUCUGACGCAAGCCCCAAGACCUCCCCGCAGAAGGCCAUUCGGCCCGACGCUCUUGUCCUCAAAUCAGCCAUGAUGCAGAGAGCUCAUUUAGACUCCCACGGCCAGGGCUACCACCUGCAAACCACAAGAGAUAUGCGGCCCCACCCUAGUGUCACGCUGGACCCUGCCACCUUUCAUCCCCCGCCCUUCCGAUCUCGCAACCAGAGCUACAUGCGCGCAGUCAGCACCCUCAGUCAGGCUAGCUGCGUCAGCCAGGUGAGUGAGACUGAGAUCAAUGGCCAGUUUGAGUCAGUUUGCGAGUCCGUUUUUAGUGAAGUAGAAUCCCAAGCCAUGGAGGCUUUGGACCUGCCUGGUUCGUUCCGCACUCGAAGCCACAGUUACCUCCGUGCAAUUCAGGCUGGUUAUUCCCAAGAUGACGACUGCUUGCCUUCAAUGACAUCCUCCACUGUCACUUCAACUCUCAGAUCCACAACAGGCGUCCGUAGCUUAGCAGGGGGGCGUAGAGAGUACGGUAGGUCUGGGAUUCAGUUUCGUCUCCCUACUUCCUGCAGUGUGGACCGCGCUCAGCCUCCUCCAGCGGUAUCAUAUCCUCCCAGUUACAAGAAGACUCCGCCUCCUGUGCCCCCGCGCACCACCACCAAGCCUCUUAUCUCUGUGACAGCCCAGAGCAGCACAGAGUCCACCCAAGAUGCCUACCAGGAGGGCAGGCAUCCGCGGGGCGGUCUGUGGACCACGGACAGCCUCGGCCGUCCCAUCUACAGCUCCACGGACAGCCUGGACAGCACCAAGGCGGUCACCAUGGCGAUGGAGUCAGCAGCAGGCAAGAGGCACGCAUCUUUGGGCAGCCACACCUCCGUCCAGACGUGCGACAAAGCAGUGCUGGUGUCCAAGGCCGAGGAGUACCUCAAAACCCCACGUUCCUCCAUUGGGAUACAGGUGGAAAGUGUGACAGACUCUGAGACUGAAAGUAAAGGCCUUCCUCAGUUCCAUUCUAUAGGGAUCCAGGUGGAAGAUCACAAACGGCACGGGCGCUUCAAGCGCUCAAACAGCGUGACCACCGCGGUGCAAGCGGACAUGGAGUUGGAGGGCUUCCCCUCCAUGGAGGACAAGGGCCUGCAGUUCGGCGGCGCCUUCGGCCGGCACUCGGAGCCCAGCACGCCCACGCAGUACGGCGCCAUCCGCACGGUGCGCACACAGGGCCUGUUCAGCUACAGGGAGGACCACCGGCCCUCCAGUGGGCCGUCCAGCCCGCAGCCCGAAACCUGGCUGGUCCAGCCCAGCCUGGAGGGCUCCGAGACGGGGCGCAUUUCCCCACUGCGCAGGGACGGCAGCUGGUUCAUGCAGCUCCUUCACAACGAGACCAAGCGGUUGGAGGGGAGGUGCAACGAGAUGGAGAGAGAGGCAGAGGAACACGACCUGACGGAGGAGAUCCUAGGGAAGAUCCGGAGUGCGGUGGGAAGUGCUCAGCUACUAAUGUCCCAAAAGUUUCAGCAGUUUUACUGGUUAUGUCAGCAGAAUCUGGACCCCAGUGCCAUGCCCAGACCCACAUCUCAGGACCUGGCUGGAUUCUGGGACCUCCUGCAGCUCACCAUCGACGACGUCACUGCCAAGUUUGACGAGCUGCAGCAGAUCAAGAGCAACCAGUGGCAGCUGGUGGAGAGUCCGGAGAAGAAGGAGCAGAAGUGGCCACCACCUCUGCCAAAGCGGCCGGUCAAGGGGCGUGGCGGCAUGACGCGGGAGCGCUCCCUGGACCUUCAGGACCGCCAGCGGCAGGAAGCCCGCAGACGCCUCUUGGCCGCCAAGCGAGCAGCUUCCUUCAGACAGAACUCGGCCACGGAGCGGGCGGACAGCAUCGAGAUCUACAUCCCCGAGGCCCAGACGCGGCUUUGAGGUCCAACGUGUUCAGUCACCCGCAGCUCCCUCCUUCCCACCUGACGUCACCCAUCCGUCACUCCGCUCUCGUCCACUGCGCCGCCGUCAUUCCUCCGUUGCCAUUCUCUGGGUUGUCCCCCCCCCCCCCGUCCCCCCGUCCCCACCGAAGCUACACUAGGCAAACGUUUAAGAUGAAGGUCAGCCCCUAAAUGUCAAAUGUGGCACUGCCAUGGGGAAGAACGCCCCCCCCCCGUCUUCCCCAGAGCGAGAAGUCAGGUGAGUCAGGUGAGUCAGGUGAGUCAGGUGAGUCAGGUGAGUCAGGUGAGUCAGGUGAGUCAGGUGAGUCAGGCGCACACGAUGCUUCCUCCACAGGAAGUGAGGAAAAACUUCCUGAUUGAAACUCGUGCAAAACAGCAAAAACUUGGACACACCAGCAUUAGACCUUUUCCCUCUGGUUACAUUUUUCGGUUAAAGUUGGUGAAAAGUGAUCCGAGGGCUGCAUAUUUGUGGGUAUUCAUAUAUAUUCAUAUUUAUACCUACAUGUCUCUGUCACCUGGAGCUGCUAACGUGAGGUUGCCUCGUGUAGCUUUAAAAGCCCUCAGGCGGAUUCAGAUUCUGCACCAUGAGAAUGAGCUGCUAUACUCCAAAAAGGAACAUUCCACCUGAUAUUAAUUUCAGCCACAUCACGUUAAAAACAUUUUGUUUUUGUCAAAGCCAUUUUAGCUAUUAAAACUCCCGUCUUAUCCAUCGAUCCACUGGGAGUACGGGUGACGCUGUGCGUGCUACAUGUCGAAGGGAAACACAAAGUGCAACUUCCUCUCACCAGCAACGAUGGUCUAGGGCUGAAUCAGCAAUGGGCAGCGGAGACCAGAUGUUUCCUUGUAUCUUAGCAACAGGGAAAGGCCUCAAAGAGAAUAUGUAAAAUCUAAUCGCAAAGAAAUAAUAAUAUACUCACUUUUUUGCUGAGGCUUUAGUGGAGGUAACUGUUGAUAUUCCUUUCUUAAUUUACUGCCAUUGUGGUUAUGGAAUCAGAAUUGUUUGGGAGUUUUUCAUCCGAUCAGCUGUGACCAGUCCUGCUGCAGCCGUCGACCAUGUGUUGCUGCGCGAGAUCUGAAAACGAUGCUAAUACUCCACCACCAUCUCCACAUUUAUUCAUUUUCAUUCAUAAAAAAAAGCCACCACCCGCUCUUUGAACUCAACACUCAACAUUUAUAUAUAUUAAAAAAAAAAAAAAGAUAUGUACGUUAUUUGCUGCUGGAUGUACAUUUCCAUUGCAGGACAAAUAUGAAUUAUUAACAGAAGACAGUUUUUUGCGCAGCCUGGAAGAGGUGACUGUAUGAAACAAUGCAUUUUUGCACCUUAUAAUAUUCAUGUUUGUAUUUCCAAGGGAAAUGUAGUUUAUGACGCUCAUGUGAUAUUGUUGCAGUUGAAUUGCAAGGACAGAUAUGGAAAACUUUUACUCUUAUAGGUCAUAUGAACUUGCACCUCGUGUUGUUUUUCAUUUCUUUUCUUUCUCUCUGACGGCGCCCAGGCCUCUCAUAAAUACAAUAUUGUGAUUCUGAACACUUUUGAUUAUUCUCACAGUAUCUGUCAUAUGAGCAACAUCACCCGCUACAGUGACCAUCCAGUCGCUACAGUUAAGGGCAGUUUGUGGGUUGAGUUGACGGUGCGUUGGUUCGUCCUGCCGAUCGCCGGCUGUGUUUCUGGGCGGACAGAAAUCAUUUUCUCACCACACGCUGCAUCCGACCCUCUCUGUUCCACGUGGCGCAUAAUGAAAAACACUCUGUGUCGUCCUUUUGAUCUGCUCAUGUAGUCUAGGAAAGACAGGUGCAAAUGACACUUUAACAAUAUUCAGUUACUAUAGUAAAUGGUGCUGCUUUUUACUCUAAAACUGUUUGUCCUUUACCCAGUCCUAUGUGCACGCACACACACACACACACACACACACACACACACACCGACACACACACACUCAAGGACUUUUUAAACAGAGAUUUAUUAACAUGGUGCCCGUUUUUCUCUCCGAAACGACCUGUGGCAGACUGUGACCUGAGGAAAGACCAUCUUUGCAAUGCUCUUGCCCUCAGUGGUGAAAAUGAGGAGAAGGAGGUUUCACGGAUUAACUGACGCGACAGCGUGGAGGUCAGGGCUAUUUCCGUCCAUCGGACGGGAGAGAUUACAGGAGUGGACAUUCCACCUUCGUACCCCUUGUCCACGUUUUAUACUGCGCCGACGAAGAGGCCCCUUCACCCUCGUUUCAUCUAAUCCCAGUCUACUGAGACGGUGCAGUGAUGUCAACGUUGCACCACGCCACUGUGGUCACAGCGGCGCUCGGCGGAGGAGAGCAGUGCUCUGUCGGGGAGGGACUCGGCGGUUUCCUUUUGCGGUGAGGCUCGAAUUUGUCUUCCAGAGUAUUCCUUUUUGACUUUGUGGCCCUUUGUGCGAUCAGCGCUGAAUCUGAAACCCCUCGCCUCACCAGACGGCCUUAAGCAAAACACUCGUGAAUGUAGAGCUCGGUGCGAAAGGCCAAAGCAGAGGGGAGCAGAUGCUGAAAAUUCAAAUUAGACUAAUGAAAAGAAAAGUUGCCCCUCUACUUCAUUUUAGUUUUCUUUAAUUGUUUACCUUCAACUUUGUUUCAUGAUCUGCUGAGUUUGACUGGAAGACGACGGAGCAGGUCACCGUGGGCUCCGCAUAGCGUUCCACAGAUUGACCGAUUCUUAAAAGUUGUUUCCCAGAUCUCCACGGGAAGAACAAACGUGGAGCAUUCGCCACCUGUCCAAACCAUGUCUACACGUUUAAAUACUGAUUCAGGCCCACAGUUACACUGAGGGUGAUAUUCUGUAGUUGGAUCGUCUUAGAAUGAAUAUUCUAGACACUAGGUUACGUUUACAGUAUUUUCCCCUGAUCAGCGUCUUCACUCAUGUAUUUUGGCCAGAGAGCGAGCGAGAGAGAGAGAGAGAGACUCAUUUCACUGGUUCCUCCCUUGAGUUUUCGCCCCAGAGGGACGAGUGCCAGCUUCUCUGAACUGUGACAACCGCCGACGGGGCUCCUGCGCCGAUCCGGCUGCUCGUCCGCCGGACUGAGAGCCGCGCAAAUCAAGGCUGCUUCCCGCCGACUGCGUACCGUGAUUCCAUCCCACGUGGUACUCCGUCAAGCCAUCGCCAUCAUCACGCCAGAUACCACCUACUCCAAACAGGACGUUUGCAAUAUUUGGGGCUUCAAGUGCGUACUUGUGCGUUGCAGCUCGUUUCGAAUAGAUCCCACUCUCCAACCAGUAGACAUGAGUUAAACCUGCAGAGGGCAAAGGUCAAAGUGAAGUGAUGGGGAUCCCACGGUCAUUGGCCUAAACGGGAAAUGAUGUCACUUCCAGUGGGGCUGAUGUCAGACGGGGGAAGAUGUCCUCAGAGGACGUCGCAACUCUAGAUAUGAAGCAAAUGGGGUUUUUCUCGGCGACGCCGCGCGGAGCGAGUCUCGAGUCGCGGCGCCGCUGUCGUCUGUCGCGACCCCUCGUCACCAGAGUCUCCGGUGGGAAAAACACUUUGAUAUUUUUCCUUUGGCGUUUUUUUUCCGCCUCAACGCGCCACAAAGGGGCUUAGAAGUUUGGCAACUACUGUACAUGACAAAUCCUCAGGUGCCUUACAGUGUUGACUCUCACGGGGAGUCUGGGCGCGGAUGUCUCUGGGGGCGUUGAGCUCUGUGGAAUAAGGACCGCGACGCCUCUCAGAGUUGCACGUUCGACUGUAGUACCGUUACCAAGGGCUGGAAACUGGGCUGGGUCGGGACCGCAGGUGUCCAGAAAAACAAAUUGACUUCACAUUUGACGAAUUCUAACUUGUCCUCUCACUGUAAUCGACUUCAGCACAACAGGCGUCCAUCUAGAGGACAUCAGACGGGGGAUUCGGUUCCAUUUCGUUAUCCUUUUUGUGUUUUGGGGACAUUGGGUCCAGAGCGCACGGAGGCUCUGCCGCGAUUCCACACUUUCACUUGUUUGGAAAUUCAGUUCAUGUGUCGCGACCGUGGACAAAGGUCAGUUGUCAGAAAUCAGCGGGUGCGACACAUCUCAGAGUGCAUGUCACACCCAUAUGAGUACAUCACAAAAGAACAUUUAUUUAAAAGGUCUUCAUCUAUCUAUUUUCUCCUCCCAGCUGUUGCAAUCUCAAGACCUGUAUGCACCUACAGAAUCUGGAGACAAAACUUGACCAGCUAAAAAGUGCAAUAGUGUUUCCAUGUGUGUGUAUAUAUAUAUAUAUAUAUAUAUAUAUAUAUGUACAUGAUGACAGGCAGGCUCACCUACAGCUAUUGUACCUCACAGAGAAGCAUUUGAGCGGUGUAUUUGUCAGGAGUAUAGUCGUGAUCUGCACAGGGAGUAUUGGUCGUGCCUGUGCACUAUGCAGCAGAUCACCUUUCAUACACAGAGCACUGAACACACCGUGUUGUUCGUGGUGCUUUUACACUGCAGGAGCAAACAACAACAACAACAACAACAACAACAACGUGUGCUGUCCUUGUCAUCCAGUCCUCAGUCCUGCACUCCACGGUCGCAUAGUUAGGAUUUACUUUUCGCUGUUUUAAACACAACGAAAAAAACGAGAAAAAUAAAUAAAUAAUGGAUUUCCUUUUUGGCAUUUCCCCUGUUCGGUCACUUCUGUUAACGCCUUGUACUAGACACUGAACAGCACCAUGUUUCAGAUCAACAUUACUUUCAAUAGUUAGAGUCCUGGAUGUUGAAAAGCUCAGAGAAGUUCUGCAGAGGUGCUGAAUCAAGACAACUUCUCUCCUUGUACUUUACCUAAAUCUGCUGCUGCUUUGGGUUUUAUUCUGACAAUCAGCACACACCAAAAACAUCACACACACACACACACACACACACACACACACACACACACACACAGUGCUGUCAUGCUAUGUCCUGCAGAUAGCACCCUGAGUUUCCCCAUGUUGGUAUCUCGAGGAUUUUAUUUACGGUCUUAUAGGGGAAGACUCCAUCAGAUUGACACCGAAAGCUUUUCUCCUUGUUUCUGAUACAGUUGCGCUGCAAAGAUGUCUUUCUAUCGCUUGCUCUCUCUUCUCAUAAAUGAUGUGGGUCGGUUUUUGUUGUUGUCGAUGACACGCGGUGGAUCAUCUGUGUCAGCCUGUGUCUCACAAGCGAGUACUGUACUGUGACUACCAUGACCAUGUUUGAUGUCAUGCUUGCAUUGACGCCGGGCUCGUAUGAGUGAAUCUGCUCCUCAAGCAAUAAGCCUGGUUCCGAUGUUGACGCUGGCUGUUCUUUCUUAUCGUCAGACUCUUGACCAAGCUGAGACACAGUUAUGUUUAAAGGCCUUUAAAGGAGCAGUUUGACAUUCUGGGGAAAUACCAUAGACUGUAUGUAAAGAUUGGACUAUAUCACAGCUCCUCAUAAGUGAAGCCAAAUCCUCUUGAUCGCCCCCUGGUGGCUGGCCGCAUUAUAUCAUAAACCCUGCCUCCUCCAUGUUAGCAGAUGGGACAAAUGAAUUAUGUUACAUGGUUUAUUUUAAAGGCAAUGCUUACAUUUGACAUUUAUAUAGUGUUUAUUAUUAUUAUAAUUAUUAUUAGUAUUAUUAUUAUUAGAGUUAUGAGCCUGAGACAAAGUGAAUCAGUCUAAGAAGGAUAAUUAUUCUAUUUCACACCACAGAUGCACCAACCCUUGGACACACGAUCACAGUUCCACCUUGAUUUACAGGCACAUUGUUGUCAUCAUUUACAUUUUCCUUUUGAAUUACGUGCUUCUGUACAACAACUGGGAGGAGAACCUGUUUGUUCGCCCGUGUCGUCCAUGUUCCCGAGGUUUAUGAGGGGAGAGAGCAGUCACAAUUUCGUUUUGCCUCUGGUGGAGAACUGUCUUGUGCUGUGGCCGUGGGAUGAAAUAACAAAAGAAAAAAAAGGGGCCUGCUCUGGGUUUUUGGAAUGUGACAUGAGAAAAAUUGGAUAGCAUAAAAAGGUUUGUGGUUAGCUUAAAAACUAUUUUGAAUUGUUAGAUAUAUAUCAAUAAUGAGGAUAAAUAUAAUACCAAAUAUUCCGUAUUUGUACAGAAAUAUACAUAUAUAAAUACAUAAUAUAUGCCUAAUUUAAAUGGAACUAUUUUCCGCUCUUGACCAUGGAUUUUGUUGUUUAACGUUCCUUUCGUCGACAUUAUUUUAUAAAGAUCUUCAGAUAGCAUGCGGGAUAGUGAAAAAUGAAUGUAUUCUUUCGUGAGUCAUUGCUGUUCAGUAUCACAGCACUCUACGGAUCCGUUUGUGUUCGUAAGAUUAAUUUUAAACUGAAUAUUUCAUUUUUCUCUCACAAGGAGUUGUAAACGUUCUUUUCUAAAUGCAAGGUUUUGAAAUGGUUUUACCGAUUCGUAUCAUUUUAUCAUUUUCCCCCUGCUUUUUCUCAAUAUGGCUCAGUAUAUUUUGCCUCUUCUAAGUACUGCUACCUACCAUCUGUUGUAAAUAAUUAUGCAAAUUAAACUUUUGGAAGAAAA